AUGAGCGGAGUUUAUUCCAUUGCUGAGGUAGUGGAUGAUAGCCAUAAAAGACCAGAAAAAACUAUUUUUUGCUAUUUGGAAGAAGGAUUUGCAGAAAGUCAAAUCAAAUCUUUGAAGGCAGUGGCUAAUUUGGUGGAGAAAAAUGGGACAAAAGUUUGCACUUCUUUGGAAGAUGUGGUUGAAUAUUUAAAUAAUCAGCAAUUAGGAAUGGAAGAAAUAACUUCUACUAAUUCAACUAGCCAAAGAACAAGAGAACAAUUGAUAAUUCAGGAAGAACAACCUGCUAAAAGAGAACUAAAACUAGAAGAAUUCAGUAACUUAGAGAGAGUAGAUUGUAAUGAAAACGUGUUAACUGGCUUACAUUUUGAUUUUCUUGAUGAUUUGGAUCCCAAGAAAUUGGUUUAUUUAAGCGUUCAUACUAAUAACUUGCAAAAUAAUGAUAAUUUAAGUUUAGAAGUUUUUAGAAAAUUUAUUAACUUAGAAGAAUUAUAUAUUGAUAAUUAUGACAAAGCAAGAUUCGAUAAUAACAUUUAUAAUCGCUUCCAUGGCAAUUUUAAUUAUCCUAAAGAAGAAAGAAACAGUAUCAAGGAACUAGAUAUUAGUCACGAAAAUUUAAUUGGUAAACUAGAUUUAAAUGACUUUACUAGUUUGACAAAAUUAGAUUGCAAACAAGACACAAAAAAGAUAAAAAGAUUAGAAUGUGAUGAUAAUCAAAUAUCUUCGUUGAAUUUUUUAAGCCCAUUAGAUUCCAAAAUUUUGGAAUAUUUAAAUCUCAAUAGUAAUAACCUAAAAGAAGAAGGUGAAUUAAAAUUAUCCCCCUUAAGCAGAUUUAAAAAUCUAAGAGAAUUACAAAUUGGUAAUAAAGAUAAAAAAAAGAUAGUGCAGAAUAUUUACAAUCGCUUUUUGGGAAGUUUAGAGCCUUUAAAGGAUCUUAAUAAUCUAAAAUUACUCAACAUUGAAAAUACUGAUAUAGACAAUGGUAUUGAAUACUUGCCGGAUAAUUUGGAAGAGCUUUAUUGUGCUAACGAAUUGAGAAAUGAGGUCAAGGUGAAAGAAAUUUUUAAGCAACUUAACGGUUACGGAAAAGAUGACAAAGAAUAUCCCGAGGAUAAUGUCUGCAACAGAAAGUAUGAUAGAGAAAACGAAGAUAAAAGAAGAGAAGAAAUAACUAUUCUGAAUAUUAGUAAUCAGAAGUUGAAAGGAAGAUUGAAAUUAGAAGGAUUUGACAAGUUAAAAGAAUUAAAUUGCUCAAAUAACCAAUUAACUAACUUAGAUUUAAUAGAAUUAGAUAUAGGAAGCAAUAGUAGAAUACCUAGACAAAGUUUAGAUUUUUUGGUCUCUUUUACAGGAUUAAAAGAACUGAAUGUAGAAAAUUGUUCAUUUGAAGGCAGUUUAGAGUCUAUCAAAACUAUGAGUGAAUUAAAAAAAAUCCGUGUCAGCAAUACCAAUAUAGAGGAAGGCUUAGAGUAUUUGUCAACAAACUGCAAAAGAUUUUAUUGUGAUCGUAAUGGUAAAGGUAAAUCUGCAAAAAUUGUUAAGGAGUUUGGUGGGGGGAUUUUAGCAAUAAAUGACAAUUAUAACCAAAUAGGAGGAGCAAUUGGGAUAGCUUCUGCGUUUUUUGAGACAGUUUUUUCACGAGUAAAGGAAGAUAUUUAUGAUGCUAAGGAAAAGAAAUGGGAAGAAUUUAUCAGGGAUACAGAAAACUUAUGA